GCUCACCCAGGUCAACAAACAUUUCCUAAACCCCAGGGAACAGUUUCUGCCCUUCAGGAGUUUGCGCUGUGCUGUACAAAGAACUAGAUUCCGGAUCACAGAGUGAUGGGACCGAAGGAGGGGAUAGGGCAGAGAAAGGGAACCCUAACCAGGGGUCGAGGAGAUCAGGGAAUGCAUCCCUGGCAGAGGGGGCACCUGGAGGAAGCUGGCCAAGAAAAGAAUUCUAAGACGCAGAGACAAGCUAGUGGCAGAGCAAGGACUAGAUCUCCGGCAGCUUGGCCUCCUCCCAACCCAGGACUCUUCUUCCCUGCCCCGAGGGCACAGCUGCCUCCGGCUUUCGAGUGAAUCACCACCUCCCCCUCCUAAAGGGUCCCCCCCCCCCCACACACACACUUAGCUUCCACCUGUCUGGAGCAUCCUCCCGGCCCUUCCCGUUCGAUGUGGGCGUCUUGGUCCGCUCCUUUCUCCCUCCAGUCUCGCUUAGAGAUAGACUCAGUUGGCGGCAUGAGUACCCUGGGGCCCUGUGUGAGGCCCAUGAGCAGGAUGGGCCGACUGAGGCUGGGCGCCUCAGGAGGGAAGGAGUUAACUCCCCCACCCCUCCCCGCCCGGGCGAGCCAGCGCUAUUUAAGAGGCGGCAUAGGCAGCAGAGGCGCUAGUCGGUCAGUCCCUCCAUCCUUCAUCCCUUCCGGCAGGCAGGCAGGCUCUUGGUGCUAUGAUUCCCAGAAUCCCCAAUGUGGCCCUUCACACUGGAAGGAAAUAGCCCACACCUGUGGGGGCUCAGCUCAAUCACCCAUUGACAUUGACCGGCGCCAAGUGAAGAUGGACCCGAGCCUGGGCCCUUUUGUGUUUGAAGGAUAUGACUCAGCACCCCCAGGUCCCUGGCAGCUCCUGAACGAUGGGCACACUGUGCUGCUGAAGCUGCAGGGGGCCCAGAGCCAGGGCCAGGGCCAGCUGUGCAUCCGGGCUGGGGGGCUGCCCCACACCUACUGUGCCCUGCAACUCCACUUCCACUGGGGCAGCCCCACAGGCAAUGGCUCUGAACACACUCUGGACGGGCAGCGUCAGCCUAUGGAGAUGCAUGUGGUGCACAUGAACACCCUCUACCAGAAUCUGCAGGAGGCCCGAGGCCACCCUGGUGGCUUGGCUGUGUUAGCCUUCUUGUUCAAGGUGCAGAAUGAAGCCAAUGCCAACUACAACACCAUUGUGUCUGGGCUGAGGAACAUUUCUUACCAAGGGGAGUUUGUCGAAUUGGCCUCCACCUUCCGCCUGGACAAGCUGCUGCCUGAGCCAGCCCUUCUCUCCCGCUACUACCGAUACCCCGGGUCUCUGACCACACCAGCUUGUGAUGAGGUUGUCUCCUGGACUGUCUUUGAGGAGCCCAUCCCCAUUGGCAGGGCUCAGCUGGCCCAGUUUGUGUCCACCCUUCAGGCCAGUCCCCCGGAUGCUCACACUGUGAGCGUGAUGGUCAACAACUUCCGCCCAGCCCAGCCACUUGGGGCCCGAAGGGUCUUGGCUUCCAGGGACGCCACAGUCAGCGGUGCCGCAGCCUUCUCCCUCCCAACAGAGACGUGGGUCCUGCUCUGCCUGCUCCUCAGCCUGGGGUGUGGUCCUGGCUUUGGCGGAGCACUCUGACCCUCUUCACACUUGAAUUCUGGCCCAGCCCUUCCCCCACUCUCACUGUUCUUGGUGGCUCCCCAAGUGCUCCCUAGCGGGAGUGUCAGUGUGGGGCAGGGGAGGUGCUGGCGACCACCACUGGAGCUUGCUCUGCGACUUUAGGGAAAUCGCUGGAUUCUCUGGACCCCAAUGUCUUCAUCAAUCAAAUCUGGGGAAAACACCUGCUCUAGGGUGACUUGACAGGCUCACUGAGCAGCAGGUUCAGUGAUGGGUCUAAAAGUUCGACACCUGCUAGAGAAGCAGUGAGACAUAAUGGGAGGGCGUUGGUUGGGAGUCUGGAGCUGAGCCCGAAGCCAGGCGGCCUGUGGAAGCCUCAGCAUUCCACGAUGACCGCAAGGUUUCUAACGUCUUUUCAUGUGCCCAUAUUCCUAGGGUUACGGGAGGGACAUAAGGGAUUAUCUAGUUCAACCCUCACAUGUUCUAAGGCUCCUCCCAGCUCCGACAUUCCCUGUUCUAAGGUUCCCCCUGAUCUGACAUUCCCUGUUCUAAGGGCCUUCUGGCCCUAAUAUUCUGUUCUACAUAUAAUCCCACCUCCUCCCUUUUGUAUUUAUCCUGUGGCUUCAGCCAUGCCAACCACAUCCUGGGCUCAGCCACACCUGCCUCCUUUCUUCCCCAGUACCUUAUAGUGUCUUCACCUCAUCACCCCCCCCAUCCCUUCCUCAUCCUCCAUCCUUAUUGGUCCCCCACAACAUUCCCUCAACAACAGAGACUACCAUAAGUUAUACUAGCCCUUCCUGGGCCGGGACCCUCAGGGUUGCUCAUUCCAAUUCUGUGCCCAAUGAGCUGACAGGAUGGCAGCCUGGGCUUGUGUCUUCCCACCCUUCCCUCUGUCCCCCCAGUGCUGGGCUGACAAGGAGGGGAAGCCAGGUUUUGUUAAUAAAAUCCAUUUAUCAACUGAUGACUUCUUACAGACUUCAUUUCCAUGGAUGGGGUGAGGGCAUGUAAAAUCCUCUGGGGUCAGAUUGUGAGUCUGGGUGAAGAU